AGAAUGUUUCAGGAAGCUUGUGACUGAAUGUUUCUCAUGCAAGAAGGCCUGAGCAACCCAUCGUUAUGCUCAGAAACUAUGCUGAGCUACCUUUGCAAAAUACUUGUGUGGACAGAUUCCAGGAAGUCUGUGGAUAAACUGGUAUGUGAUAACUAAAAAACAAGUUAUUUUUGAAAUGCUUGUGGUUUUGUGACCAAGACCUCAUGGUCCUAUGGUAAUCUUGAAACUGUUUUGCAGAACAACGUAAAUGUCAUCCAAAUCAGAAAAAAUAUUCACUGGUUCCUCAUAUUUCUGUAUAUAAGCCUCCCGAGAGCUCCAGCUAACCAGUGUGCUGUGUAUUUUCACCUGGUGCAGCCCAGCUAUAGUUGUUUCUAUUCCUCAAUAAAACUCAUUUUCUUUCACUCCCAACAGAAUUUGGGAUUUUGUUCUUCAACAGUAAGAAUGGUUCUGGGAAAAGUCAGCUAAGCACUUUUUAAUAUAACCAAGCUGGAAAACAUAUAACACAAAUGAUUAACCUGUAGAUUGUUGUUAGUUGCCAGAGUGUGAACCUGAACGGAAGCCCUGGUUUUUAGAGAUCCUACUAUCUGCCAACUGAGUCAACAUCAAUCUCUGUAACUUCCCCUUUGGCAAUGCUCUGUUUGUGUAUAUAAAAAAAAACAAAAACCAAACCCAGUGCCGUUGAGUAGAUUCCGACUCAUAGGACCCUAUAGGACAGAGUAGAACUGCCCCACAGAUUUUCCAAGGAGUGCCUGGCGGAUUCGAACAACCGAUCCUCUGGUUAGCAGCUGUAUGACUUAACCACAACGCCACCAGCUAAAGUUGUAAUUUGGUGAGAAGAUUCUGUUCCCCAAGUUGUUCUUCAGUAAACUCUAUCCACUCAUAAUCCAAUUUGAGUUACUUUUCUCUUCGACAGCACCAAAACGUAGCAACUAUUCUGCAGCAUAACAAGGAGAGAUAAUUCUACCUGGGAAAAGUGUUCGCUUUUUAGAACCCUUUCCGAUUUGAAUAUAAGCUCCCCCCCGCCAUGUUGAGCUUAUUUGUUGGGUUGCAGCAUCCUCGUUUGUAAACUAAGGAUAAAUAAUGGAUGUUUAAUGUUAAUGGAGUGGGCAUCCAGGGAAGUCUCGGGUGUUCAUCACCAAUCGCAUGACCCAGCAUCAAUCGCAUCCCUUUAGUAAAGCAGCAACCUCUCAGCACUCCCCACAGCACAGGGAGUUCCCAACUCGCGGCGUCCGGGACUGAACCGCAGAGAACUGGAAUCCCGGAGAAACUGCCUCGGGCUGAGCCGAGGGCCGACGCCCCCCGGUCAGGACUACAACUCCUGUCAGGCUACACCCAAGUUUAGGGAUUCUCUACACUUUAUCUUCCGCGCAUCGCUCAUUGGCUCCGCCCCUCGGGGGUGGGCCCUCUUCUCUCCCUUGGUAGUCAUGAACGUGGCCGCGCAUCCGUCACCGGAAGAACCCGUGUGACGUCAUGAGAGCCUACGUUUCGCGCGGGGGAGGGAGUUAGCGGACGGUCCCUGGCUGCGUUCUGGCGGCCCCGGGACCGCGGAAGAGGCUCCUGAGGGUGGCCGCGAUGCCUCGCCCGCGGCGGGUCAGUCAGCUCCUGGAUCUAGCAAAGGAGAGUAAGGAAAACCAAAGAUUCAAGGAAGCAAUUAGUCCAAAGGCCUAAUGAACCACAAGAACCAUCAUCUGUACAAGCCUGAGACCAGAAGAACUAAAUGUUGCCUGGCUACCACUACUGACUGCUCUGACCAGGAUCACAAUAGAAGAUGCCUUUGGUGCUUCAUGAAGAAUAUUUCCAGAUAUAUCACAGACAUUAAGCCUUUGCCUCCCAACAUAAAAGACAGACUAAUCAAAAUAAUGAGCAUGCAGGGGCGGAUAACAGAUUCAAAUAUCAGUGAGAUUUUACAUCCUGAAGUUCAAACUCUAGAUCUACAAAGCUGUGAUAUUUCAGAUACUGCUCUCCUGCACCUGUGUAACUGCAGAAAACUGAAGAAACUAAAUUUAAAUUCCUCAAAAGAAGACAGAAUUUCUAUAACGUCAGAAGGAAUAAAAGCUGUAGCUUCAUCUUGUUUAUACCUGCAUGAAGCUUUUUUGAAAAGAUGCUGCAAUCUCACUGAUGACGGAGUCCUUGCUCUUGCACUCAACUGCCGGCUGCUAAAGGUCAUUGAUUUAGGUGGCUGCUUUGGUAUUACUGACGUGUCCUUACAUGCAUUAGGAAAAAACUGCCUGUUCUUGCAGUGUGUUGACUUUUCAGCUACUCAGGUAUCUGACAAUGGUGUGAUUGCACUUGUUAGUGGGCCUUGUUCCAAGAAAUUGGAGCAGAUUCACAUGGGAUACUGUGUGAAUCUGACUGAUGAGGCUGUGGAAGCUGUCCUUACUUGCUGCCCUCAGAUAUGUAUUUUGCUCUUCCAUGGAUGUCCCCUGAUAACAGGUACAGCAUAAAACACAAAGAGUUUUCAUGUCCAAAAAGUUUGGAAAGCAACACACCACUAUAAUGAACAUUAAUUUAUCAAAGGCUCUGAGAAGUACUAUAGCUGAGAAACCUGUUUAACUUUGUUUAUCCAAAUAUUUUCCAAUUUUUGUAGCACAGAAUACUUUUUUUGGUUGGUAUAGCUAACUCCUUCAUUUCGUUAUAUAGUAUUUUUCUGACCCCUGAUUUCACAGAAUAAGAGAGGGAGAUACUGAAAUGUUAUUUUCCCAAUGUAACACAGUUUUUUACAAUAGCAUCAAGACCAAAACUAAAAUCUCAAGAUAUAGUGAAAUGAGAACUGAUCCUGUCUCCUGACAGUUCUCUAAAACUUCAAAUAAGUCACUUAACUUCUAUGGACCUUAAUUUUCCCUUGGGUAUAAUGAUCAGUCAUAAAAAUGAGAGAUGUGACAAUACAAAAGAGUUUGUGCAUGAGGGGAGGGCAUAACCCACGUCACUUUAUGGCAAACUGAAAGGCCUAUAGCUGCCUGGGGCAAGAGAGGGCAAUUGAGACGUACAAUAUAAAGUUUAGGGUUAGGGUCAAGGAUCUGGGAAGAGAGUUUCUUUGGGAAGUUGGAGCAUUCUGAAGGGCCCAUGUAUACCUUGGGAUUUAGAAACCCACAUAAGUGGUCAUGGCAAGGUGUAUGUGCUGAGCAGAGACACGAGAAAACCUUAAACUUUCACAUCAGGCAGACCUCUAGGCCCAGGGUAAGCCUAGCUAAGUGCUGAAGAAGUGCCUCAGCACAGUGCCAAUCUGAAAAGGUUGCAAGAAGUGUUGUUUUUAUUAAUUACAUUUUCCGUGUUGUGCUACCAUCACCACUGUCCAUUUCCAAAAGUUUUACAUCAGACACUCAGUAUUCCUUCAGCAGUAACUCCCGUUCCUUCCUCCCCUUAGCCCCUAGUAACCAGUCCUUUCUUCUUUUAUAACAUCCUAUAUAAUGUUUACUGUUGCUUAUCUACUCCUGUGAUUGUUCAUAUGUGAGAAUGUACAGUUAUAAUAUGUUAUCUUCAAGGCAACCUGACCCUCAAAUUGGCAGUGUCCACUGUAGUUUCCCAUCAAAUUCCCUGAAUUCACCUGUCUUCUCUACUGUACUUUUACGUAUUUGUAGAAUUUCUUAACCUUACAUUCAGACUUUAAACAGAACUUCACAUUAUGAGUUAGGUCUUGAAAUUUUUAGAAGCACUUUGAUUUGAUUUCUGCGGAAAAAACAACAAACUAAAUUGGUACUUGACAUAUUGUAAAUCAAGAUGUACUUUUUAAGGAAGUUAGUAUUUUGGAUGGAAAAAAAAUUUUUUAACUCAUUAAAUUCUUUUUAAUUCAAUUAUAUUUGCAAUGAUUAUCUAUAAAUUCAAUUUAUACACCAUUGUUAAUCUCCUAUAAUAACACGCAUCUCAGUAUUCAUGAGCAUGGAAGUUUAGACUUUAAAAGUCUCAAAGAAAAAAUUUGCUUAAUGAGUUAACAAGGUUUGUUGAGCGAGAAGCUGUCUCAAACAGGGAGCACCUUAGACUGAAAAUAGUGAGGGGGUUCGGAUUUUUACACAGUGACAAAACUAGAAAACCCACUGUGGUCAAGUCCGACUCAUAGUGACCCUAUAGGACAGAGUGGAACUGCCUCACAGGGUUUCCAAGGAGUGGCUGGUGGAUUCAAACUGCCGACCUUUUGGUUAGCAGCAGAGCCUUAACCACUGAACCACCAGGGCUCCUCACAGUGAUAAUGCCUUUUUAAAGCUUGCUUAGAUGAGUAAGUAUCUUGCCCUUUGCUUAGAUUAGUUAAUCAUAUUUAAUUUUCCUUUUGUUUUGGAAAAGUUGGUCACUGAAUGCUAAGCUGGCUUAUCUUGAUUGGAUGAGUGUUCUUAAAUCAUUUUGAUAAGUAUUGCUAACUUAAGCCAGAUUCAGAAGAGGACGUGGAAUGAGGGAUAUCAUUGCUGAUGUCAAAUGGAUCUUGGCUGAAAGCAGAGAAUACCAGAAAAAUAUUUACCUGUGUUUUAUUGAUGACAAAAAGGCAUUUGACUAUGUGUAUCCUAGCAAAUUAUAACAUUGCAAAGAAUGGGAAUUCCAGGACACUUAAUUGUGCUCACGAGGAACCUGUACAUAGACCAAGAGGCAGUCGUUCAAAGAGAAGAAGGGGAUACUAUGUGGUUUAAAGUCAGGAAAGAUGUGUGUUAGGGUUGUAUCCUUUCACCAUACUUAUUCAAUCUAUAUACUGAGCAAAUAAUCCAAGAAGGGAGACUACAUGAAGAAGAAUGCACCAUCAGGCUUGGAGGAAGAAUCAUUAAAAACCUGUGAUAUGCAAAUGACACAAUCUUGCUUGCUGAAAGUGAAGAGAACUUGAAGCGCUUCCUGAUGAAGAUCACAGACCACAGCCUUCAGUAUGGAUUACACUUCAAUAUAAAUAAAACAACUGGGCCAAUAAACAACAUCAUGAUAAACAGAGAAAAGACUGAAGUUGUCAAGGAUUUCCUUUUACUUGGAUACACUAUAAACGCCUAUGGCAGCAGCAGUCAGAAAAUCAGAGGAUACAUUGCAUUGGGCAAAUGUACUGCAAAAUACCUCUUUAAAGUGUUAAAAAGCAAAGAUGUCACUAUAAGGACUAAGGUACGCCUAACCCAAGCCAUGGUGUUUUCAGUUGCCUCAUAAGUAUGCAAAAGCUGAACAAUGAAUAAGUAAGACUGAAGAAAAAUUGACGCCUUUGAAUAUAGUGUUGGCGAAGAAUAUCAAAUAUGCCAUGGGUACCGUGGACUGCCAGAAGAAUGAACAAAUCUGUCUUGGAAAACGUACAGCCAGAAUGCUCCCUAGGAUGGUGAGACUUUGUCUCAUGUACUUUGGGCAUCGUUAUCAGGAGGGACUAGUCCCUGGGGAAGGACAUCAUGCUUGGUAAAGUACACAGUCAGUAAAAAAGAGGAAGACCCUCAACAAGAUGGAUUGACACAGUGGCUGCAACAAUGGGCUGAAGCAUAACAAUGAUUAUGACUAUGGUGCAGAACUGGGCAGUGUUUCAUUCUGCUGUACAUAGGGUCACUAUAAUUCCAAAGCGACUCAGUGGUACCUAACAACAACUUACGCUAACUCAUGCUGAUAAGAAAAACUUGCCCAAGUUCGAUUUUACAUAAUGCUGUUUUUUUUUUAAAUGGCCUAGUGACUAAUUUUGUUUGGCUCUUGACCCAGAGAAGCCAUUUUCACUCUUGCCUGUAUAAAAAUUUUUAACAGAAGAGCAAUAAAGCAAGUAGACAGCAAGAGAGUCUUUAUGUUUUACAUUGAAAGGCAGGAAAAUCCAACAGGAAAUCUGCCACUUUUGAUUGUUGAGUCGAAUUUUACUUGCACUUUAGGAUUUAUUUGAGUCAGACUACUUUACAGGCAAGAUCUUUACUUAGCUUCCCAGAUAAUAAAUCUUCCAAUAUUUACCAUAAAGCACCAAAAAAACAAAGUAUUUUAAAACCCUAGUGGUUUGCGUCAGAGUUUCUCUUUAAUUUAAGCUGAUUCUUUACUUAAAAGCUGACUCUUUUAUUUCCUAUAUUUCUUUUUCUAAACCCUAUAUUGUUCUGCUUCCUCAUUCUGUUUCAUUCAUUUAUUACUAAACUGGCAUAGCAGAACUUCUUUAUGUCAGACAGUGUAAUGAAGCAUUGGAACUUUGAUCAAUGUGCCCAGCCUCACUUUUUUUCACCAUAUAAAAAAAAAAAAAUUUUACCAAAAAUGCCCGUGUUAUAUUUUCCUUGAUUGUUUGAAAAUUUGGUUUGUUAAAAGUUUAUAGUUCCCAUAGUUUCCUUUUAUCCUUGGUGCUCCAAAAGUCCCCGCCAUGAAUCUCUUUCAAAAAGUGGUCUCCAUUUAUAUUAGUCAAACAUUUUUAGGGACUUGGUGAAAGGCUUCUUAGGGGUCAUCUGCACAACUCCCUCAUUUUAAAGAUCAGGGAACAGAGACACAGUGGGUUUACAAGGCUUGCCCCAGAUGUUAUAGAUAACUGAUAAUAGAACUGGAAGUAAAACCUAAGUCACCUGAUUCACAUGUAAUUCUUUUCCCAUCAGACAACUUCUUGAGCCUUUGGUGUAAAGUAGCUUAACUGUUACUAGGAAAGGGAAGGAAAUGGGAGGGUGACAUGAGGCAUCAAAAGAGUGAUUGAUUUACAAAACCACAAUGAGAUACCAUCUCACCCGGGCAUUACAGGCACAAACCAAAAAACAGAAAAUAAUGAAUGUUGAAUGUGAAAUGGUAUAAUCAUUUUGAAAAAUGAUAUGGCUCUUCCUUAGAAAGCUAGAAAUAGAAAUACCAUGUGAUCCAGCAAUCCCGUUCCUAGGAAUAUACUCCAGAGAAAUAAGAGCCAUCACAUGAAUAGACAUAUGCACACCCAUGUUCAUUGCAGCAUUGUUCAUAAUAGCAAAAAGAUGGAAACAACUUAUAGGCCGAUCAACAGAUGAAUGGAUAAACAAACUGUGGUACCUACACACAAGGGAGUACUACACAACGAUAAAGAACAAUGAUGAAUCUGCGAAGCAUCUCACAACAUGGAUGAAUCUGGAGGGCAUUAUACUGAGUGAAAGAUGUCAAACACUAAAGGACAAAUAUUGUAUUAUGAGACUACUACUAUAAAAACUCAUGAAAGGGUUUACACACAAAAAGAAACAAUCUUUGAUAGUUAAUGAGGGAGGGAAGGGGUAGAGAUCGAAAAACACUAAAUAGACAAUAAACUCUACUCAUAGCAACCCUAUAGGACAGAGUAGAACUGCCGCAUAUGGUUUCCAAGGAGUGUCUGGUGGAUUCGAACUGCUGACCUUUUGGUUAGCAACCAUAGUUCAUAACCGCUAUGUCACCAGACUUUGCAAAUAGACAAUAGAUAAGUGGUAACUUUGGUGAAGGGUAAGACAGUACGCGAUACUGGGAAAGCCAGCGUAACUUGUCCAAGGCAAGGUCAUGGGAGCUCCACAGUCACAUCCAAACAAGGGAAAAAAUUACUGGGCUGAGGGCUGUGGGAACCAUGGUCUUAGAGAACACCUAGCUCAAUUGGCAUAACAUACUUUAUAAAGAAAAUAUUCUACAUUCUACUUUGGUGAGUAGUAUCUGGGGUUUUAGAAGCUUAUGAGCAGCCAUUUAAGAUACUCCACUGGCCUCACCCCGUCUGGAGAAGGGAGAAUGAAGAAAACUAAACACACAAGGGAAAGAUUAGUCCAAAGGACUAAUGGACCACAUCUACCACAGCCUCCACCAGACUGAGUCCAGUACAACUAAAUGGUGCCCAGCUACCACCUCGGACCGCUCUGACAGAGAUCACAAUAGAGGAUCCUGGACAGAGCCGGAGAAAAAAUGUAGAACAAAAUUAUAACUCGCAAAAAAAGACCAGACUUACUGGCCCGACAGAGACUGGAGAAACCCUGAGAGUAUGGCCCCUGGACACCCUUUUAGGUCAGUAAAUGAAGUCACUCCUGAGGUUCACUGUUCAUUCAAAGGUUAGACAGGCCUGUAAAACAAAAUGAGACUAAAUGGGCACACCAGCUCAGGGGCAAGGAGUAGAAGUCAGGAGGAGACAGAAAGCUGGUAAUAGGGAACCCAAGGUGGAGAAGGGGAAAGUGUUGACAUGUUCUGGGGUUGGUAACCAGUGUCACAAAACAAUGGGAAUACUAAUUGUUUAAUGAGCAACUAGUUUGUCCUGUAAACCUUCAUCUAAAGUACAAAAAAAAAAAAAAAAAAGAAGUGUAAUUGAUUUAAUUGAUCUUCAGGGUCUUUUUCAGUCCUGAAAGUCUGUAUUUCUGUAAAAUAUUCUGGCAAGGGAUCAUGAAGUACUUAAGAGAGCCCACAGUUUCUCCCUACAUCAUAAUAAACCCACAGGCAUUGAAUAUUCCUGCUGUUGAAAUCCACAGUCCUAGAUAUCCUAACUGUAUUCUCAUGGGAAGGUGCCUAAGAAGAUUUUGAGUAAUGUAAUACCGCCAUCUAGCAGCAAAAAUUUUAAUUACAUAAAAAUAUGCUGUAUGCUUACUAGGAAGACCUGGUGGCGUAGUGGUAAAGCACUUGCAACUUACUAAUUAGAGGGAAAAUGUCUUCUUAUUUUUGCCCAAUAGUAAAUUCCUAAAAAAAAAAAAUUCCUAUAGAAUUGAUUUAUUCCUAUUCAGGAGUGAGGAAACCCAGGUGGUGUAGUGGUUAAGUGCCACAGCUGCUAACCAAAAUAUCGGCAGUUCAAAUCCACUAGCCACUCCUUGGAAACUCUAUGGGGCAGUUCUACUCUGUCCUUUAGGGUCACUACGAGUUGGAAUUGACUCAAUGGCAGUGGGUUUGGUUUUGGUUUUAUAGGAGAGUGAGAGCUCUGGUGGCACAGUGGUUAAGCAUUUGGCUGCUAACCAAAAGAUGGGCAAUUCAAAUCCACCAGCCACUCCUAGGAAGCCCUAUGGGGCAGUUCUGCUAUGUCCAGUAGGGCGGCUAUGAGUCAGAAUCAACUCAACGGCACUGGGUUUUGGGUUUGGGUAGAGGACUGACACAAAUGUAAUCAGAAAACAAAGAUUUGUAUAUAAGAUAUAAUCAAUAAAUUCACAACUAAGAAACAAGCCAUAAUAAUCUUAGAAAUGCCAGCUAAAAUGUCUAUAAUCAGAAAGCAAUCUGUGCAAUACAGAGAUAUCAAAAGGGAUAAGAAAAGCUAUUAGAGUUCAGGCCUACCUAAAAGACUUUUAAAAGACUAUAACCUUUUUUCUAUCAUGCCACCAGAGGUAGAUUUGCCAUGAAGCUAAUAAGCUUAAGCUUCAGGGUCCUUCACUUACACAGGGCUCCUGUAAGGGCUGGGAAUUGCUAGAAAUUCUAGAGUGUUCUAUGGUAAGCCAGGAAAGCCAGGAUGCAGUCAGAAAGCAAUUCUAUAUAAGGAUUUCAGAUAAAGUGACUAAAGAGAUCUCAGAAGAAAGAGACCUGAAUCUCCAGUUAUGCAGUAUUUUGUUGUGAUGAUUUUCCUUAUUCUAAGUUAUUGUGUACUUUUAUACUUUAUUUCAUUUUUGUAUUUUCUUUCUUAGAGAAGGCCCCCAAAUUUAUAUAAAUUCCAGGCCCCACUGUACUCAGCAAGGGGCACAAUGGGCAAUUCUCACUUUCAUUGCUAACUGCAUGGUAAGGUUUGGCAUGAAUCCAGUUCCCAAAGUGUAGAAACAGUUUCGCACUUCUCUAAUUCUUGUUGCUUCCACUCACAAGGCAUUCAAGGCAUUCGCUCUCUCAGCUCCAACCCCCUAGAGCUGGGUCAGAGCUAACAAGUUAGAUGGAUAUCAUCUUUAAGCCUUAGUCACCCAGAAUUAGGUCAGAGCUCACCUUGUUAGAAGGACGCCUUCUUGAGGAUCAGCUUUUCUAUUUUCUGCAAAAAAGGCUGUUGAAAUUUUGACAAGAAUCUGUGUAUAACAUUGGUCAGCAUUGACAUAUUAACAAUAUUAAGUCUUCCAAUCCAUGAACACAGAACUUCUUUCCAUUUAUUUAGGUCCUCUUUCAUUUCAUCUGUGCUUUUGUUUUUGAAAUGCAUCUUAUUCAGUCGUGAGAUGCUUCAAAAAUAGCUUGAAGCCCAAGUGACAGAAAGAGCUAUGUGAACCAGAGACUAUAUCAUCCCGAGACCAGAAGAACUAGAUGGUGCCCAGCAACAACUGAUGACUGCCCUGUCAGGGAACACAACAGAGAACCCUGAGGGAGCAGAAGAUCAGUGGGAUACAGACCCCAAAUUCUCAUAAAAAGACCAGACUUAAUGGUCUGACUAAGACUAGAAGGACCCCGGUGGUCAUGGCCCCCGGACCUUCUGCUGGCUCAGGACAGGAACCAUUCCCAAAGCCAACUCUUCAGACAUGGAUUGGAUUGGACAAUGGGUUGGAGAGGGAUGCUGGUGAGGAGUGAAGUUCUUGGAUCAGGUGGACACUUGAAACUAUGUUGGUAUCUCCUGCCUGUAGGGGAGAUGAGAGGGUAGAGGGGGCUAGAAGCUGGCAAAAUGGGUACAAAAAGAGAGAGUGGAGGGAGGGAGUGGACUGUAUCAUUAGGGAGAGAGUAAUUGGGAGUAUAUAGCAAGGUAUAUAUAAGUUUUUGUGUGAGAGACUGACUUGAUUUGUAAACUUUCACUUAAAGCACAAUAAAAAUUAUUAAAAAAAAUAGCUUGAAGAUAAAAUUGAAAAGCUAAUUGCACAACAACUAAAGUUGUCCUCUCCCUUUUCAAGUCAAUCAAGCAUUUAUGGUACAAGAUUAUUCAUUUUUAAAGAAGACAUUUUGUAGUAGAUUUAAAAAAAAAGACAAUUUCAGUGGAAUCUAUAAAUCUGUUUGUUACACAGAGUAUUGAG